AUGGUACGAAUCAAACAUGUUUCUUUUUGGUUUGAGUUAGCCUAAAUGUCUUUAAUUGUUUUCAGGGAAGAAAACGUUGCGCUGUAUUCACUUCUUCAAAAAAUAGCACAAAAUCAAUUGUUCAUAAACGUCGAAAAAUUAUCGCUUUGGAAAAAUCUCCGAAACUUUCUGUAAGUUCGUCAUGGUUUUGAGCUUCAGGAUCUCUUUCGAUUUCUACAACAUUUGUUGUUUUCAGGAGCUGCCACCAAUUGUUAUCAAUCAAAUAAUAUCAAAUCUUCCACUCGAUGAUCACACAAGUUUUCGGAGUGUUUGCAAAUAUUUUCAUGAAGAAGUUGAAGUUUAUUGGAGAACUCAAAAAAGUUUUUCCAUCCCAAAAAUGUGUCAUUGGUUUCCGAAUUUGGAUGAAAAUCGGAAAUGGAAACUUGAAAAUUUGAAUGGGUUUUCCGAAGAGAUUUCAGCGAUUUUCAAUUUGAUGAGAGUUGGAAGUUUGGAAGUUUUAGAUUUUCGGGGAUUGAAAGCUUUACAUUGGACAACUUUUGUUAAAAGUAUUCAGAAAGUAAGUUGUUUUUUUAGUUAAAAUUUAUGAAAGAGAUAAUUUUCAGUAUACUUAUGAAUCGGCGCCAAAGAUUUUGGAAAAUGUCAAGAAAUUGAACAUUGUUGGAUGUACAAUUUCACCAAAAUCACUUUCAUUAAUAGCAAAAAUAUUGCCGAGUCUUCAAAAUAUUAUUAUUGAUCAAAAUAUGGUUCUCCCGAAAAAUAUGUGAGUUUUGUUUGUGAAUAUAUAUUUUCUCCUUGACCAGAUAUUCUUCCAGAAACUUGGCAGCUUUGAAAAAUGAGCGUUUUGAAAUGUGCCGCUUCAAAACUCUGAAUUAUUAUGAUUAUUCAGUUGAUCAUCGUUUUGCAUUACUCGGUUCAAAUAUUCAUUGGCGAACAAUUUCUUAUUUUUCACAAAUCUUCGCGCAAGUUCAGAAUAUUAUGAUUGAUACUUCCCUAUGA